AUGAUGAUUCUAUGCUGGAUCACAUAUUUUAGUAUUUUAAUUUCCGUUGUAUAUGGAAAUUUUGCAAGAAAAAUUUACGGUGGAAAACUAAUUCGUAUUUAUUUAGCUCCAUAUGUGGUAUCAAUACAAGUUAGAAACCAUCAUAUUUGUGGUGGUUCAAUUAUUUCUGAUAAAUACGUGUUAACUGCUGCAAAUUGUGUAUUGGCUGAAGAAAAUGUAGUGUAUGGAAAUAUUCAAGUACUUGCUGGAACACAUGACAUCACUGAUUCCCAAUAUGGACAAAUUCAUAAAGUGUCAAAUGUUAUAUUUCAUGAAUUUUAUAAUCCACGUGAUAAUUGGAUCAAUGAUAUAGCAAUUCUCAAGCUAGAAACACCAAUCGUCAUUCAGCUAGCUUAUCGUGAAUUGGUACGUUUACCAUUACGUAAAUGUUUGGGAAAUCGUUAUCACACUUCGGGAUGGGGAAUUGAUCCAAUAACACAUGAUUUAUCAACGUAUCUUCAACGAAUUAGUAUACACACAGUUAAAUCAACUAUUUGCCGAUCAAAAUAUUCCGGACUUUUAAUUGAUUUCACGACACAACACUGUUUUUUUCCAUCUUUAUCAUCAACUGGACUGUCGCCGGGUGCUGGUGGUAGUCCUAUCAUGUAUGGACGACAAAUUGCGGGAAUUAUUUCAUUUGAUUCUUUGGAUGUUAAUGAUCCAGCUGUAUACACUGAUGUCGUGGGCUAUAAAUAUUGGAUGGAACAAAUGAAAGCAAAAACAAUAUAUUAA